AUUGCACUUUUCCCCUACUUUGAAUUUAUUUUAUGUUUCUAUUAAAGCAUCAUAGUGAGUUGCCUUCGGAUAUUUUGAUAAAAAUUGAAUCAAAAUAUACACGUUGGUUUAGUCAACUAAGUCAAGAAGCAGAACAGGAAAUGCAUGACGCUCGACGGCCAAAGGAGUUAGCACUACCGCUGUUAGGAUCUUUUGAUGCUGUUCUUCAUCUAAAUAUACUCGAUUACGAUCUGCCCGAAAUCUACGGUUAUCUAUUGGCCAUGUUUAAAAAGCUGAAAGUGAUGGAUAUCCUGAAAGUGACACCUUCACAGAUGCUGGACUUCUUGAUCGAUGUGCAAGAGAGAUACCAAGAUACCCCUUAUCACUCUUUUAGACAUGGUUGUGACGUUCUGAUGAUGCUGUAUUCAAACUAUAUGGAGUUAAUGAGGAACAGAGCAGUAGAAGGAGAGUUUGAUUUCAUCAUGGAGCUGGAAAUCGCUGUCAUUUUUAUUGCUGCCAUCUGUCACGAUGCAGGACAUAAUGGUCGCAAUAACGAUUUUCAUGAGCGAACAAAAUCACCCUUAACCACGCGUUUUGAAAAGAACACUUCCUAUUUAGAAGCAUUAUCAGUAGACAUUACUCUUGAAUUAAUCGAGAAGCAUCGCUUGUUUCAUGCAUUCACCUCCAUGGAAGAACAAUGUAUGAUUCACGAAUGGAUCGAGACAGCUAUUCUCUUGACAGAUAUGAAGCAUCAUCAUGAUUUGCUGAAAAUGGCAAAAAUAUUGCGAGAUAUGUUUGAUCAUGCAAAUCUCUCACCAAAACAAAGACUUGCUCUUGCUUGUGUCCUCCUCCAUGCUGCUGACAUAAGUAAUCCAAUUCGACCUUGGCGUAUUUCCAAACAAUGGUCUGAUUUGGUCGUGCAAGAAUUCUACGCCCAAGGAGAUGAUGAACGAGAAGCUGGGUUUCCCAAAAUAUCACCAGGUAUGGAUCGUAUGCAAAAUACUCAAGCCAGUACGGGCGUGAGAUUCAACAAUAUAGUGAAAGAAUACUUUGAACAAGUGGCUGCUAUAUUAGCUUUACCAUCAUUGUCCAGCCAUUAUAACGACAUUGAUGAUACGCAGGAUGAUCCCACUACAACGACAACAAAGGGUGUUAAUUUGAAACAUCGCAAAAUGAUGAGUCUACCUGCAGGCACCCUUUCUAUUCCUUCCAACAGCAACCACAGAAAGAAUGAACCCAAGAUCAGACCAUUGCCGAUCGUACGUACUACAAGUCAUUCGAGUUUUCUUUUCUCACCACCU